UGCAGUCACACACAUGUAUGCAGUCACACACAUGUAUGCAGUCACACACAUGUAACACAUGUAUGCAAUCACACACAUGUAUGCAGUCACACACAUGUAUGCAGUCACACACAUGUAUGCAGUCACAUAGCAUCAAUAGAGUGCCACAAGUGGCUCCGGCCACUUGGGUGA